AUGACAAGCGUGGACGAUUUAACCAAGCAAUUGCAAGAAUUACCCAACUGGGGUAAGGCUGCAGUGGCAGGUGGCUUGGCUCUUCUUCUCUAUAUUCCCUAUCGAUGGCUGACUACAGCCCCAAGAAAAAGCCCUAUUAAGGAGGACUGGAAGAGUGGAGUCGUCUAUCUAUACCAGUUUCCUCGAACAAAACUCCUUCCAAGUCCAUCUGCCCCAUGUCUCAAAGUGGAGACCUGGCUUCGUAUGGCAGAGAUACAAUACGAGAACAUCCCUUGUUUGCUUUCUCCACGUUCUAAGGAAGGUACUUUGCCAUUCGUCGAAUUUGAAGGAGUGGAGUAUCCAGAUUCGUCAUUCAUUAUUCGCGAUCUUACUCGACUACUUGGAGUGAAACUGGAAGAUCACCUAAACGAUGAGCAAAAGGCAGUUUCUCGGGCAUUCGAAGAGUUGGCGCACAAUUCGCUGAUGGCUUCUCAUAGACUAUUCAGACUGGAAAACAUUACUCAGUUUACCGAACUACUUCCGCCAAAUCUCUUCGGCUUCUUCCAUCCAAUCAUCGUCAUGCUUUUUAAGCGAAGCUAUGUCAGCAAGACGGCUUCGAUGUUGACAUGGACAGGCAUUGGAAAGCACAGCCGCGAAGAGCAGAUUGGUAUAGGAAGUGACGAUAUUCGUGCCAUCAGCAAGUAUCUCGGUACCAAGCACUAUUUCUGUGGUUUCAAACCAACAAGGCAUGGCAGCAAAAAUGGAAAUUAA